AUUUAUUAUUUAACUUAAUUCUACUGUUCUAGUUUAAAAUUCAGAUUCUACUUAGAGUUAGGAUUUAGGACCAAGGUCCUUUUAAAUUAUUGACUACAGAGUAGUUGUAGAAAAGUUAAAUUUUAGUUAAUAGAUAUUUAGCUUUCAUUCUUGUGUUUUAUUUCUUAGACUUUAUUUGAAAAAAUGUUCUAGUUUAUCAUACGUUAUUACAUUAACAUAAUAUUAAUUUAAAUAUAAUUAUGGCGGCCAUCAAAACGAUGAUGACAAUUUUAAUUAUGAUAUGGAGCACCAGUCAACUGAAGAAACCAAAGUAACAGAAGAUUUUGAAGAAUCCAGUGAUGCUGUAAAAUCUGUAAUACUUGAAAAUCAUGAAGAAAAUGAAAUAACAGUUCACGGUGAUCAAAGAGUUUGGGUGAAACCUUCAGAUGAAUUGUUUACAGAUCAAAUCAAAGAAGAGAUAUCAGAAUGUGAAUACCAAACCUUUGUUGAUGUUAAAGAUGAAAUAGUAGAAGAGGAAGAAGAAGAAGAAGAAGAAAAAGAAAUUAAAAUACAACCAACAAUAGUAUGUGAGCCAAUUCAACUACCUCUACCACCACCACCACCACCACCACCAGCAAUUGACAUUCAAGUAAAAAAAGUUAGUUUACCAAAACUUAAUUCGAAAACAGUAAAAAAGCCCAGAGGACGAAUGGGUCGUAGACCUAGACCUAUAUUGCCCAUGACCCAACCUAUAGCUUCUACAAGUACUUCACUCUUGGAACAGGCCUCAACUCAACAUCAGAUAAUUAUGCCUUCAACUCAAAUGCCUGGGAUUGCUUAUCAGAUUUUUCUGGGUGAUAAUGGUAAAAACUCAAACAAUUCUGUUCAGUAUACAAUGUUACAGCCGCGACCAGUAUUUUUACAACAAGCUUCAACACCUGUUAGCACUCCUUCAUCGAUGAUGAUUAGCCAACCUUAUCCAGUGACUCGGUCACAGGUUUCAACUGCUAAAAUUCCCAAAAUCGCCCCCAAAAUGAUGAAUCAAUCCUACUGUUCAUUUUGUUAUAAACUUUUUAAGAAUAUAAAGGAACAUGUUAAAGAGUGUUGGGCCAAUCCAGCUAGUAAAAACUAUAAGUUCAGAAAAAUUGCGCCGUCUACUCCUUUAUGAACAAUUUCAUGAGAAUGAUGUGUAAUAUUAUUUGUUUUAAUAGUAUUUUUAUUUUACAAUAUAUAUCAAUUACUGUAUCUAGAUAGACAUAAAAAAAAAUUUAAAAUUUGUAUAAAUAUUUUUAAAGUUGUUAAAAUUAUAUUAUUGGAUUAUCAUUAACAAUUUUCAUUGGUACAUGUAUACUUGUACUUUGUAGGUACACAUUAGAAAUAGGUACCUAGUUAGUUUUUUCGUGAUUUAUCUAUUAACAUUAAUUAAUUAAUAAUAUAUGUAUAUAUAUGUAUAUAUAUAUUUUAGAUUAAUAUUAUAAAAUAAACUCUGAUAUGACUCUGUUCAAAUUUAAUAUUAAUGACAAUAUAUUCUAAAAAUCUUA